UUUGCCACAAAGGCAGGAAUUACCCUUAAUCCAUAUGACAAAGUUUAAAGAAAUUUGACGAAAUUUAUUCAAGUGUAUCUUCUUCCAUUCGAUUCACACUCCACCACUCGCAGUUCAAAGAGAAGUUAGAUGGAUUCCCGGACUUGGAUGAUGAUGAUGGACCCGAUCUUCUCGUGUGGCUUCGAGGUCUUCGGGCGAGUGCAGGGUGUAAAGUUGCGAAAGCAAACCCAGGAUUUGGCCACUCUGAACGAGGUCCGAGGCUGGGUGAUGAACACCGAUGAGGGCUCCGUCAAGGGCGUUCUAGAGGGUACUCUGUCCAAGGUCAACGAGCUCAAAUUCUGGCUGCUGAACUUUGGCAGUCCCGGUGCCGUUAUCGAGCGGGCCGAGUUCACGCCCACCAAGGAGAUCAACUCCCACACCUUUCGACGGUUCUCCAUACGCUAUCAUUCUGGUUCUACCAACAAGAACGUGGUUAUUUAGCCAAAUUCCUGAGGAUCCAUCCGGGGUGUGGAAUCUAUUGUCUGUAUUUUGUGUAUGUGUUUUGUCCAGUGCCAAAAUUCUUACAGUGUUUAUUGUAACGUCUUUGCUUCACGGAAUGUCCAUUUAUAAAAACCUCAAAUGUGAAAAACAGGCUGGCAGCCACUAAUUAAGCUUCACAAAGAAAUGCUCAACGCAAUUACAUGGCACAAUAUGUGUGUGUGUGUGUGUAAAUACACUGGAAAUAAAAGUUAGCUGGCCUUAGUA